AUGAGCGGCUUCAAAAAGAUGCUUCACAGCCUCACAGGCAAGAACUCCAACCCCCAACCUCAGCCACAAGACAGCCCCAAAGACAAAAAGCGCUCGCUCCACUCACCCAACGGCAUCGACAACACGCAACCCGAAGGCGAAAAUCCCAUUGGCAACUUCACAACCGAGUAUCUAGGCGAGCAAAAGUCCAGCAACUCCGCCAGCCGCCGAGAUCUCGGCUUCGCAGGACACAUCCAGGGCAAAUGGUACGCCGUCUAUGGCGACACGCUCUGGUGCAGCCCCGGCGUGACGGAUCCGGACCAAGAGCCAGACCCGGGAGGUUUUCACGGCAUGGUGCGCAAUGCGGUGUCGGCGCUGACGGACGAUCCGCUGGUAGUGCACGAUUUGCAUCUGAAUGAUGAUGAGCCGGUGCCGCAUCAGAAGCAGUUUACGCCGUUUAGGGAGGAGUGGGGGGAGACGAAUCAGUUUGGGUUUGGGGGGACGAGUAUCUGUGAGGUUGAUUAUGAGAAGGCUGUUGGAGCUGUCUAUUUCCUUGUGAACGAUCACGAAAACUAUCGCUCAGCUGGUAUCGCCCGAGUCGAGGUUAUUGAAGGCGUGCCUACUAUCACCCAGCGUCUUGGCGACCGCGGUUGGUGGUGGGACUGUUCAAAGGUCGCCAAAUACGGCGACAUUGCCGCCUAUCGUGAUGUUAAUAGCGAGUACAUCUACAUCUGGGGCCAUCCGCCCAACUGGAUCACUGAGUGGCCGCAUACAGAGUACAUCUACCAGGCACGAGUCAAGGCAGCAGAUGCUUUCAACCUGGAUGCUUACGAGUACUGGUGGGGGAGAGAAAAAGGAUGGCGAUGGGAAGUGUUGGCAGAGCACAAUUCUGAGACGGCGGUGAUGUGGGGAGCUGGACAGGGCCAGGUUGUUUACAGCGAAUAUUUCAAAUGCUAUAUAUACGUCCAUCUAAAUGGCCCCAAAGUGGCCUUGAGAACUGCCCCGAAGCCAGAAGGUCCCUGGAGUCAAGACAAAGAAGUAUAUGAGGCGACGCCGAUUGAUGGAGGCUUUGUAUAUGCGGGAGUUGCGUAUCCGCAUCUGGAUGAAACAGGCAAGACGUUGACGAUUGCGUAUACGAACAAUAAUCAUACGCAGGUCAUAAGGGUGACAUUUGAGUAA